AUGAGUAGACCACCAGCAAAAAAUAAGAAAAUUUCAAUUGCUUUUUGUGGAAAUUCUGCUGUUGGAAAGACUGCAUUAUUUACUCGAAUUACUAAAGGAAUUUCAAGUAUUAGUGCAGAUGUAUUUACCAAGCAAGUCAAUGUUGAUGGUCAAAACCAUAACGUUGCUUUAUGGGAUACUGCUGGACAAGAAAAAUUUAGAUCAACAACAAAAUCUUAUUUGAGAGGGUUACAUGGAGUAUUAUUUUGUUUCGACAUAACAAAGAAAGAAACAUUUAAUUGUAUUGAUAUGUGGAUUCAAGAAUAUGAGCAAGCUCAAACACUAAAAGAUUUGGCUGCUCGUUAUUUAAUUGGUUGUAAAGGUGAUUUAGCUUCUAAACGUGAAGUUUCAAUAGAAGAUGCUGAAAAUUAUGCCAAAUCAAAAAAUAUGACUUAUUUAGAAUGUUCAGCAAAAACAGGAGAUAAUGUUGAUAACUUACUAGCUUCUGUUAUUCGUUCUUUUAAACAGAAAAAUCCUUCUUUAGUUACUCUUGGAAUUAUGCGUCCUAGUGUUUCAGAUUCUUCUGCAACUACUUUAUCAUCUUCUUCAACAACAACUGCUCCAAUUUCAGUUCAACCAAAAGAAGAAGAACCUAUAACAUUGGCUAAGCCACAUUCAUCAAAUAACGAACCUCAAGAGGCUGGAGGAUGUUGUUAA